AUGCAGGACCCUGAUGAGGGCCUCGAUGGGAGAGCAGUGGCUGAAGGAGGCGACGAGAAUGGGCAGCAGAGUCCUCAAGCUCCCGAAGCCCAGGCUAGCUCUGAAAGUUCGGCGACUGAAGGUGACCGUGGCAACUUCCCUCAGAGUGGCCCACAAGAUGCCAGUAGCCCAGCUGCCCCUUGUAGCCCAGCUGCCCCUGGUAGCCACUCUGCUCCAGGCAGCCCCAGCCCGGGGAGCCCUGUAGGGUCCGGUGCAGCCGCUGAGGAGGCAGCUGUCGUUCCCCACAGUGAGCAGCCACCACUCGUCCCUGGACCCAGCGGAGAUACUGCCUCAACAACUGGAAAUCGUCUCCUGGAGUUCUCUGUAACAGUCCCUUUCAGGUCUGCAGUGGAGGCAGACAUGGCCCGCAGGUCCCUGGUCUCCAAUGCCCGUCGCCAGCAAGUGAUAGUUCUGCAGGAGUUCACUGUGAAUGACAGUACCUUGUCUGUUAGGUGGACUACUGAAGACCCUGUGCUCUUUCGCAUUUCCAUCAACACUUUUCUUGACCAGCUCUCCCUGGUGAUGAGAAAUAUCCAGCGCCUAGAGUUUGUGGCUGUUGUCAAGCGAGGACGAGGAAGAAGUCGUGAAUCCUAA